GAAUUAUCUGGCAGAUAAUAUGGCGCGGCAACACGACUCGUUCAGAGAAAAUAUGAACAACAUGGAUAAUCUGACUCAUUCACAAGAAUAUAUCUAAAGAAAUUUGCUUAUAAUGUUGGAACUAAUUAUACAUAAUAAGAUGUGUCGUGGUCAGUCAGAUAUCCAUAAAAGAUCAGCUAUGCGCAUGAAUAUGAACAAUACAAAUCACUGAGAUACGUGAAAUCCCAGAACAAACAUGUCUAGAAACAACUCAUUUCCUCCUAUCGAAAAGCGUUCGAGCAAACUAACAGCAAGCGACCUAUCCGGAGAAAUGACCAUUGACCAGUUCUUGGCGAAGUACUCCCAGCUUUCCGCCACCAAAAAGGAAGAGCCCUACGUGAGCAGAACGCCGUCUCCGAUGGCGGCCGCAAGGGUCGCCAGUAAUCUUCGGCGCACGUCCAUUCGGCGGCUUCACUCUAGCAAGGCCGGCGUCCGCGCGGGUCAGUCGCCCGAGGACGGGGCUCGCGGCGGAGCGGGAGGCGGGAGCGACCGGCCGCUCAGCCGCUCCGAACAGGCUCUCCUGCUGACGGAGCGCAGCGCCGUGCUGCUCGACCUGCCGUCGGCCACAGGCAGCGACGAGAACAUGUCCAACGGCGACUCGGCCCGCUCCACGGACCGCAGCGGCAGGCACGCCACCAAGUACCAGCAGUCACCCAGCCCGGACAACCGGCGCGGCGACAAGCCGCCGCCGCCGCGCCGCAAGAGCCUGCUGGAGCGCUGGGAGGAGGUGCAGGCGUCGCGGCCCCGCCCGCUGUCAGGCGAGAGCACGGACUCCCAGUUCGAGGACGACGCCUACCCGUACCGCCCGCGGAUCAACACGCGCGGCAGCAGCCAGGAGACGGGCUUCGAGCCGACACCUGGCGACGAGGCGGCGCAGCGGCCGCCCAGCGGGGUCGACUCGCUGGCCACGCCUCGCUCGGGUCCGCGGCCGCUGUCCAGUAGCAGCACCGGAGCCUCGUCAGCCCGCAGCGAGCCCUCUGACCGGGCGGCACAGUCACCGGCAGUGCCGCCUGGACACUCGCUAUUCGACAGCGGUAACGUCGAGACCAUCGAUGACGUCAUUGAUUCUUUACUAACGUCACGAUCGACGCAGGUGUCACGAUCACGUCACAAGGCACGCGACCGAGAGGCCGACUUCAACUGGGACCAGGUAGACCGUUCCUCCCACCCUGUAAUAGAGACGGUGAGAUUCCCCGAGCCCAUCAAAGCCACCUCUCCUCCUGCGGUGAACGAGUACGAGCGGUACGGGGUCAGUCGGCCGCGACCCGUCACCUCUGCCACUGAGGUGCUGGAGCGACUUUCCCAGGUGAUGUCCACACAGCGCGUCCACCGCGGCGGCGCCACACCGGGCCGGGAGGAGGAGCAGCGGCCGGCUGAGGUCGGAGAGCCCCGUGAGGAGACUGUCAGCCAGCGGCCGCCGUCGGGCCGCGCUCCUGCCGUGCUCCGUUCGCCGCGGGCCCGGCCGGCGGUACACCGCGCGCCGGAGGCCGCGCCGCUGGCACCCACCAGCCCCGGCCGCCGGGGCCACCAGCCGGUCACGGCGGCCGUCGGCUGGCACGGCGCCGGGCCUCCCAAACCGCCUCGGCUGGCCGAUCGUCGGUGGUCGGGCCCGCCUGCUGUGGGUGCCGAGCGGCGCUCCGAGGAGCCCGUGCUGCCCUCCUGGCUGGAGCCCGGCGGAGCAGCCUCGGAUGACGAGGACGGCCGGCGCACUGCCGUGUUCGAGCUGGAACCGAACGGGGCGGACGGCGGCGGCCCGUCGGCCGUCAUCCGGACGUCGUCACCGGACCUGGACCGGCCGCCGCGGGAGGCCUUCUGCGCCGUGUCGCCCAACUGGACGGCGCCCCGGAGCAGGACGUCUGGUAACGAGUCGGACGGCCUGGUGGACCCCACGCUCACACAGAGGCUCCUGUGGCGUCAGAUCCUGCGCUGGACGGCCGUCACUACGUCUGUGCUCAUCGCCGCUGCAGCCAUCACCCUCCUAGUGUUUCUGCUACUGUGACCGUCCUGUCCUUCCGGUGGACCCGCCGAAACUGCCACUGGGCUGUGUGAGCCGCGUCAUGGUGAGGACACACUGAAAGCAGUCAGAAGGAUGGACGGACGAAGGGGAUGUGCCAAUGGACGGGAGGAGACCCACUCGGGCGGCAGCACCUGGCUCAUCCAUCCAGCGAGACCAGUGAAGAUGCAUUAUAGCUUGUUUUAUUCUGUGCUGGCCUGAUGCUUGCAAAAGUCCACUGCAGGCCAUACGAUUGUCGUAGCACCCCACAUAAUGAUGUUGAUUGACUGGAUGUGAUGGUUCUGCGUGUGCAAUGUGUCACGGAUAGAGUAGCUUCUCGAACCAGUAACAUCCGAUCGGUGCGCCAGGGACGACGAUGGAAAGAUGUUUCGGGCUGAACUGUCUGUGGCUUAUGCGUGAUUUGAUGUGCGUAUGCGUGGGUAAAUGUACCGAGACGAAUGGCCAGCACAGGGUAUCAGUCGAUCUGUAAUGUCGAUAUGUGAUGUGUCAACAUCGACAAGAGAAGUGAUAAGCAGCCCAGGCAAAGAGCGGCGAACCGGUUAAAUAUAAAAUAGACUGUAUUACACAGCACCACCCAGCACGCGGCUAAACAAUCCGGCAUAAGGCGUCUACCAACGAGUACAUAUAUCGAUGAGUGCGCUCCGACAGUGGCAUAUGUGAAUCAUUUGUAAAUAAAGCAGCACGUCUUAACACCCUCCAUUGCACAGCUAGUGCCGGGCAAACGGGCUCCAGCGAGUACACACAGAUAACGAACAAAACAACACACACAGAUUGAAGACACAGAUAUUAUGUGGAUGACUAAUGUAGAAAUCAGUCACCCACCUUGUGAAAUCUGCUGAAAAUCGUACAGACUAUUGGCCGAAUAUGCCGGCAAAACAGCUAAUUCUACGAUCAAUUGAUAUCCUUCGGAUCAAUUUCUGCCAAUGGUAUAUCCCACUGACAUAUCACAAGAUUUGAUCAGAAAUACGCUGGUUUUGUUACCAGGGUAGGCUUUGUUGUAGCUGGGAGCUGGUUUUGUUACCAGGGUAGGCUUUGUUGUCGCUGGGACCACGGUAGCGACAGGCGGUGGGGGCGACAUGUUUUCUGCUGCGAACACCACGUACGAAAGGGAGCGGACAGACAAAAGCGGCUUUGACUGGUGUCAACAGCUGACUAAGCGUGGUGCAUAUCUUGCAACUCGAUUGUGUACAAUGUAACCGCAAUGUGCUGUGAUCCGUCUCAGUUCACAGCUUUUUGGUGGCUUCACAAGUAAUUGUGGUGUGACUCUGGACUACAGACCGACCGUAAAGACGUCAAGAGACGUGCGAAGACGGUGCUGUAUGAUCAUAAGCCACAAUAUGUAGUGCAAGAGUUUUAUACUGUGGCUGUAAUAACAUGACUACGAAUCACAGAGUGACUGUAGCUCGAACAAAUUAAUAAAAUGUCUUUUUUCAGUGACAAUCAUAGCUACAGCGGACGUUUGAAUAAAGCUAAUAGUUGAA